AAUUUUAUUGAAGGACUGAGCUGGUUGUUAAAACACAGUAGUUUUAGCAGCAACUUAGAGCACUUGAAUUUACCGGGGAUUUAAAUGUUAGGAUGUUAACCGUUAUUUUCCUUGCGGUAUGCAUUUAUGCAUUUAUGCCACUGUCGUUCGCAGUGGGUGAUUGCCCAGAAAACUUUUACUGGGAUGGAAAAGAAUGCAGUGCAUGCUCAGGCUGUCCACGUGGGUUUGGUUUGAAGAAAUCUUGCACGAAGACCAAAAACACCGAAUGUCAAAAAUGCUAUCCUGGCUAUGAUUACUCGAACAGCACAGGGAUGGAGGAGUGUAUAAAGUGCGAUACGUUCUCCAAUUGUCUACCUGGACGAUCAAAAAAAGUACAAGAAUGUACGAUCUUUUCUGGACCUAUCUGUGACGGAUGCGAAGAGGGCUACUACCAUAACCCAGUCGUCGGCUGUGAAAAGUGUUCACCCGGAUGUGAUGCUAGAACUGAGGACGAAAUACAGGCAUGCACAACUAAGCAUAACCGCAACUGUGCACCAAAACGAGUGCGGCCCAAAACUCCUACCGUCAGUAAUGACUCAAUAGGUAGAGGUCAUCCUAACAUCACUGGCAACGAUGAGGAUGGCGAGAUACCACCACUUCGUCCUGAGCCGGUAGGAUCUAAAUCAACUCAGGCACCAGAGGAAAAUUUGAUCGUUUUAAACCCGUGGCUUUGGGUUCCACUAGGGAUCGUACUACUCGUCGUGGUCACAGUCCCAAUAGCGUUUUUUAAAAGAAAAUCUCGGGUAAUUCGUCGAACUCGAGUAGAAGGCGAUGUACAUACAUAUAACACAGGGCAGCAUAUCGCUUUACAGGAGCAAAAGACCCCUUUGAUAACCGAAGGCAGUGUGGAUGUCCAAAAUGGGAGGGACAUUUCCUCUUUGGCUGAGCAAGGAGAUCCAUUUGAACCCAGUCAUGAAUUAGACGCAGAUCCGGAAGGGGUGGUUUUGGAUGCUCCAAAACCUUCUUCAGAAGAACUCAGCAGACAAGCAGGCUUGGAUCGUCCCAUUAAAGAUCUAACAAUUAAAGAAAAGACGCCAAUAAUAACUGACCUGAGUGGCAAAGAUGGGCAAGGUUAUUUUUACUGGCAACGUGUUGCGGAAGAACUUGGUUUCCAAGAACAGUCCAGAGGAUGGGAAGGAGUCCAAAAUCCAGUUGAAAACCUUCUUAAGACAUUUGGCGAAAGGGAAGGAAGUACCAUCAGAGGAUUGAUAGAAGCCACUAGAAAAGCUGAGCUGACGCUUUUAGCAAGUCAGUGGGAAGAAAAAUUUGAUACGUCCUCAAGAGACGAGACAACUGUUUCUGUCCAUUUACAGUUGGUUCAAGGAAAAACAAACGAUAAGUUUACUUCUGUUGAUAUACCUCCAGAUCCGGGGAAAGAGAAUGGUGCAAAUGAAUCGGUUUUAUUAACACCAAAUAAAGGUAAAAUAAACGAUAAGGCUGAUUCUGAUAUAAAUGUACCCGCCGACACAGGAGAGGAAACUGCUGAAAAAGAUAUUGCUGAUACAGCUGUAUGAAAAGCGCUCUUGUAUGAAUAAGUAAAUACUGAAUCAAUACUGACUUUCGUAUCAUGAAUCAACCAAAAAUAGCAUCAAUCGAACAUCAUUUUAUAAUAGCAUGUGGACUUGAAUACCACCUGCCCCAUGAUUGGUUGUCACGGACCGUACAGACACGCGGCUGAAGUGACGUUCUUACCUUUGUUUUGUCCGAAUCGGAGUCCUUCCUUUAUUACUUUUUCUUAUCUUGAUUAGUGCCAAAUUUCUACGCAUUGAGCGCGCGAAUGCUUCCAAAGGAAUUACACAAAAUAAGUUUACGUCCUUGAGUUUAUCUAGCGUCUAACCGCAGCAUGGCUUUACCGCCCUGGGAAGAGAAAGGGCAGGGGGGGAUAGGAGUGGGGUGGGGUGAGGAGAUUCAUGUUCACUGAUUCAACGAAAGUCACUCAAGCCUUCAGAAAGUCUGAGUCGAAUUGAAAGCUAUGACCGCUUUCUUCGACAGAAAAAAUGCCAUUUAAAAAUUAUGUGCGAGUCUCAAGUUAAUUAAGGACUGAUUAUUUAUGUCGCAACUUCAAGUUGACAGCUUCAAUGCAAUUGUAAAAUUACGAUAAAUUAUGAAAAUUUUGGGUGACGGCAGGUAUUUACAUUUUGUGCUAUACUUGGCAAAAUAACGCUUUACGUUUAAUUUAAUUGCAAGAUAAAACAUUAGAAAAUUUUUAUUUACUCUUGGAUACAAUUUUUUCCACUUAAAAAACCAGACGAGUAUAAAACUGUUUACUCCAUAUUAAUUCGAGUAACAUGUAUUGUUAAAAUGUUCGAUCGGAAAUUGGCACCAUAUAGGUUCUCUAUUAUUCAAGUGUAGAAACAUUUAUGUAUCCGUUUUGUUAUUGUGGUUUGGUUUAUCUUAUUUGCUUUUGUUGUUUGAUUAAAGGGUGGAUAAUGAAUGAACGAAGCACACCACCUGGGUCCUAAUCAUUAGCUUUUUACUUUGAAUUUUUACAUAUUUUGGUACCUGGUAGAUCCGACAAGUUUAAAGUAGUUUCAAAUCAUUGUUUUUGUUUAUAGUUUUCAGUAAAAUUUUUACGAGUGAAUGUAUAGUUUUGUAAAUUUGUAGAAUCGAUUUUUUGUACUUAACGAAUGAAAAAUGUACUCAAUAUUUGCAAAAUGUGAUAGUGAAAAGAGUAUUUCCAUAUCACUCAAGGUAGAUCCAAGCAAAUUGAAAUAUUUUUCUAACAUCAUAAUUUGUGUCGUGAGCUGGCUGACAAAUAAAAGCAUAUUAUCAUACGUGGA